UAUAUUUCUUCUCUCUCUCUCUCUCUCUCUCUCUUUCUCUCUUUCUCUCUCUCACUGUUUGAUUGUUCCAACGUGGUGCGCGUCGUGAUCGAUCGAUCGAUCGAUCGAUCGAUAUUUUCCGUCGUGCUAAAAAGUAAAAAGUACAAGAAAAGAAGCAAAUAGAUUGGUAAGAUUGGGAGAAUGUCGUAUUGCCGUCGGACCGUCGUCGACGUCGACGGAUUCGUGCGUGAGUGUUGGUCGCUUUCACGAAGGAAUAAAUAAGAACAAAUCUAGAAGAAGGUAACGGAACGUUCGCAUGACAAUCAUCCCAGUGAUUACUAAUUUGUGGAUUAUUUUACGAUCGAUGCGUCGAGCGGAGGCGCGCGCGCGCGCGCUCCGGUAAAUAAUACAAAAAAAGGAAGAGAAAAAGAAGAGAAAAAGAAGAGAAAGAAGAACGGUACCCCGACGGUACUCGGUGAUGAAACGGCAAACCAACUUGCCGACGUCGUCAAAGUUUUUUUUAAAAAGAAAAGGAAACGUUGGUCGUUUGGCCGGCACACAGCCGGCCGGCUACGAACGCCACCGCCGUCGCCGCCGCCGCUGCUGCUGCUGGAAUUCCGCUCGAGAGGAAUCCGAAGGCGGAGACUUUGACGUCACUUGGCUCAUGAUAAUGAAGUAUUCAUGAUGGCGGAGUAGCAAGGAAGGAAUAUAUAUACAUAGUGCACGUGCGCGCGUGCGAUCCUCGAGUAGUUUUCUUCGUCGCGCGAGUUGCGUCAGGGAAGUUGCGUCCAAGUUGCGCUCAAGUUGCGCUCAAGUUGUGUCCAAGUUGCGGCGUCGAGGUUCUCUAACUUCGAACAGGACCGUCGUCGGACUGCCGGUCGCCCCACUCCACUCUUCUACUCGGGCCGGCCCCUCACCACACCGCCUCCCGCCCCUCGGUCAUUUACCACCCUCCGUAUAUGUGUGCGCGCGCCUCUUUCGAGCGUGUGCUCGCGCGCGCGCACGGAGAUAUGCGCCCGUCGACCGCCGCCGCUCGGUGAUAGAGAGUUUUGGAUGGAUUUAGAGCGCAGUGAAAUAUGCCAAGGAGACGGAAUGGGGAGAUACCGCUACCGGAAGGGUGGGACGUCGCGCAGGAUUUCGAUGGGAAGGUUUACUUCAUCGAUCACAACACAAGGAAGACUACGUGGAUCGAUCCUAGGGAUAGAUUUACAAAGCCGCAAACGUUCGCCGAUUGCAUCGGAAACGAGCUUCCCCUUGGUUGGGAAGAGGCCUAUGACAAACACGUGGGUGCUUAUUACAUCAAUCAUGUUAAUCAAACGACUCAGCUCGAAGAUCCGCGACAGGAAUGGCGGGCAAUUCAAGAAGCCAUGCUACGAGAAUACCUUCAAACAGCGCAGGACGUACUCGAGGCAAAGAAGGAGAUUUACGACGUGAAGCAACAGAGGCUGUGUCUGGCUCAAGAUGAGUACAAUCACCUCAACAACGCAUUAACGACGCUCGGCGCAUCGCGUACCAGCCUGUGUUCGAGCUCGAGUUCCUUGAGUACCAAGUACGAUCCAGAUCUAUUGAAAUCCGAUGUCGCGCUUGCGAGGAGCCGAGUGUCUCGGCUCAAACGAGAGCUCGAACAAAUUCGAGCAGAGAUGAAUUGCACGCAACGAGGAGUCGACACACUUGCUAGCGUUGAACAAAAGCUGAGCGGCCACCAUGGAGGUUGUUACAAUAUUACGGAAGCUCAGGCAAUCAUGACGGAGUUAAGAAAUAUUCAAAAGUCUUUGAGCUCCGGUGAAAAAGAAAAGGCAGAGUUGAUGCAAUCGUUGGCUCAAUUAAAAGACGAAUUGACGAGGUUGCAGCUUUGCGAGGGUAGCCCGGAGGCUAGUACUCUUAGUUUACCUCAGGAAAAGCUCAGUACUGCUUCCCAGACAGAUCUUUCCGGUGAAUUGGUGCCAAUUGGUACGAGACUAGCUGAAAUGGCGAGAAUGAGGCUACAAUACGAUGAAGCGAGAAAGAGGAUACAACAUAUUCAACAACAGUUGGCCGAUCUCGAAGAAAAAGUGACUCCUGGUCAAACGGAAAGCGAUAAGGACAAGUUAUUACUAUUUCAGGAAAAGGAACAAUUGUUGAGAGAAUUGCGUAGCAUAACUCCAAGGACGAGGACUCAACAGGAUAUGAAGAAGAUACAGUGCGAGAUACGACGUCUCGAGCAGGAUCUUAACAAUGCCCUGGAAUUGUCGAACAAGACGAUUACGGAUCGAGUUAGGUUGCACGAAGAGAAGCAAAUGUUGCUUCAACAAUUGCGAGAUGCUUUGCGUUCUAUGGCGAUGUUGGAGGGACAAUUAAAGAGUCUCAGUGCUAGUACGCUAUCGGUUAGCAGUAGUUCGAGUCUUGGUAGUCUUAGUACGACAAGUAGUAAAGGAUCUCUCAGUUCCGGGCUUAGUUUUACCGAUAUUUAUGGCGGACCGCAAUGCUUGGGAUCCGUUGGUACCUCUCAACAGGAUCGACCCGUCGAUAUGGUUGAUUUACAUAGGCGGGUAGAACGAUUGCUUAGAGGCUCAGAACAGAACAAUUAUAUUAACACACCUUCUCCAGGAAGAUCUCAACCGAGUCUUUCCCCUCGGUCGAGUCUUUCGAGCGUGAGUCCACCGGUCUCACCCCUUUACGAGAAUGCUCCUAUGGGUCCACCACCCGCGUACGAGCAAGUGGAAUUACAGAGAAGACAACAGAGGUCGGCCUUGUCGUCGAGUCUUAUGGUUUCUUCCUGUGCCCAUUUGGAUGGCAGUCAGCUUGAGGACAGACUGACCGAAUUAAGGCUAAGUCAGCAACAAAAUACUCCUCAAGAGCAGCAACAACAGCAGCAGCAGCAACAACAACAACAACAACACCACCACCACCAACAACAACACCAACAACAACAACAGGUUUCUCUUCCUCCACACGAUCGUCUUAAGCUCGUCGUUGGCCCUCAUCCACCCGUCGAAUUACAAUCUAGCAACAUGUCACAAGGUAGCGGCUUGGGUAGGCCUGCUACAACCCUUACGGGAUGUAUCAUGCAAUUGCAAGAACCGCCACCUUUAUCGCCUAUCAGCGAAACACCACCGCCUACGGGUAUACGUUCUAGGGCUAGUAGUUCCGGCACCAAUACCAGAUCUGUAUCUGCUGCGGUUUCCGACGAAAGCGUUGCCGGUGACUCGGGUGUUUUCGAGGCAUCCAAUCGCCGAAGACUUUCUGGAUUGAUCGGAGAUGCCGCUGAUCCUCUUGUAUCUGCCGAAAUGAGUUUAGAAACGGCCCAAGUGCAGAUUAAACUUCGAUAUUCCGUGAGCGAUGGCCUACUUCAUAUUGGCAUCGAGCGUGCACGAAAUCUGGCUGCCCUUUUUAUACCAAACAAUACACAAGUAUAUAUAAAAGCUGCGUUAUUGCCGAUGCAACCGCCUGUUAAUCAAAUGUGUUGUACGAAAGCAGUGACGGAUCUUCGAAAGCCAACGUUCGGCGAAAUAUUUCCCGUCGCUGUUCCUUUGAACAAGCUCUAUACGAAGACCCUGCAGGUGAACGUUUGGUGUACUGGCAACGAGUUUGAGGAGUGCUUGGGGUCCGCCCAAGUCUCGCUUGCAGACUUCAGUCCAGAAUCGCCGAGCGUAAAAUGGUACAACAUACUUUCCUUUCGUUUUAUGCAGCCGUCCGAUAGUCCCAAUACCAGUACUGCUAAUAAUAGUGCCUCGACUAGUACAACGAAACAGGCUAAACACGAUAAACAAGAGUCGGACAUUUCGGUUUAUCGUGGAAUACAAAAUGCCAAGGAAGAAAGUAGCGACGAAAGUACCAUCAUUAGUUCUCAAACGUCGACGUUGACGAGAAAUCAGGGUUGCGAUGAACUUCAAACCGCUGUAUCUAUUAGACUAGAAGAAUUGGCCAAUUGUUUGGGUAGCCCGGAAGAAGAAGACGAGGACGGUGGUGGCUGUGGUGGUGGUGGUGGUGGUGCUGGUGGUGCUGGUGGUGGUGUUGGUGCUGGUGGUGACGGUGACGGUGACGAUGGUUCUGAUAGUGGCAGCGAAGACAGUGAAGAAGAAGAAGGCUAUAUCAUGGAAUUUAUGAUGGAAGAUAAUGUUCUGGAAGAUGUUUUAGAGCACGAGGAGGAAGAAGAGCUUAACGAAGAAACGAAACUAACUCAGGAUAAGGAGACCAACACGGAAUGUAUUUUUAUCCCAGAACAAGGGAAACAGAGAAAGCUUUCGACAGCUGGAGUAGUACAAGGGGCUAUUCACGACGAUAAAAAUUCAAUCGUGAUAAAGAGGAGUCAAACGUUUUCACCGAGUGCUGCUGUCAGCAAGAAUCAUUACAUCUGUCGUCUCAAUCGAAGCGAUAGCGACAGCAGCAUGCCACUAUAUCGUAGAGGUGGGCCCUUUCAACGAAACUCCGUAGAAAGACGUUCGCUUCGUUGGAGGCGACCGUCAUCGGCCUUAAGUUGUAAGACAACCUCGAAAAAAUCCAAUCACUUGCCUCCAACUGCCAGGACAUCGUUGGAUCUCGAAUUAGAUCUUCAAGCACAACACGCUAGACUGCACAAUCUUCAGGACGAACUUAACAGUUUGCGAGAAUUAAAGCAACGAAUGGAACAGGCACGCGAGAAGGGAGACACCGAUCUAGCCAGUUGGUUACUAGAGGAUCACAAGUUUGUAACUUUGAUGGCACAAGCUGAGAGCGGUAGAAACGGAAAGAGUGCGGAGGAUAAGAAGGUGGAGAAGAUGUUGAAGAAGACGUCGAAAGAAAUAUAUAAAUUGAGAAAGACAAAGGCCGGCAAAGGAAAACCUGACAUCAUAUCUUUUAAAGAAAAAAUGGCAUUUUUUACGCGGGUAAACGUAAACGUUCCUGCUCUACCGUCGGACGAUUUAUCUCCAGAAAGCUCGAUACUGUCGACAGACGCGUCCUUGCAAAAGAAAUACACGUCCGAACCACUAGCAGCACAAAGUGAAAAUGUUUUGAGAAGUAGUGCUAGUGCCAUGGGUAACGAAGUAUCGCUAGUAAGUGCCGGUAGUAGUAGCAGCAUCGUACAUCGUUCGACAGAUGUUGACACUACAACAAACAAUACCAGCAACAAAAGCGUCAAUUCAAAAGGCCGGCCAAACACUACGGAGAAUGGUCAGAAAGAAGAUGCCGAAAACUCCGAGGAUAAUGCCAACGGGGAGCCUAAGAGAUACGAGUACGUUGUCGAUAGAGUUCUUGGUGUCGAAGUUUAACAUUCAGCCUGCUUUUCAUUUUUUUUUUUUUUCUUUUUUUUUUGUUAUUCUUUCUUUCUACAUUGAUCUGAACAUUUGUACUGUUCAAUUAUAUGAUAUUAUAUUGAUGAUCAUUGAUGUCAUCAUCAGUUGCGAUCAAAGGAAAUCCUCUUAUCAAGCGGGUCGCUAUAAAAGCGACCGACGAUUACGAGGAUUUUAGGCCAGGUCUUUAAUCUUUUGCGUUCAUCGAUUUUAGAGGUGCCAUGCAAAAGAAUAGUUUGUAAAGAGUCAUAAUUUUUCUCCCCCCCCCUUUUUUUAUUUAUUUAUUUUUUGUCCGUCGCACUCGACUGUGUAAACCGAUGCAGCAACCCUGACUCGUUAACAUUUUCUUUUUUUGUAUUGUCUUAUACGGGCCGAUUUGCGGAAUAGAUGGAAUGCGCGCGUUUAACUUUUAGAAAAAGCGUUCUGUACAUAUGCGAAACAAUUGUAAGUUAUUUAAACGACGAGAUUCGUCGAUAUCAAUCUUUAAUUUAAUUUUGUUAAAUUUUCCCUUUCUUCGUCUUCGUCUUCGUCUUCGUCUGCGUCCCUCUUUCUGUAGUAAUUUUUUGGCUGUUAUUCCGUUCGUUUUCUCUGCGAAUCAGAGCACACGACCCACCGAAUGCAGCUGGUCUGCGAUUUGAAAAGAAGAAGAAGAAGUAGAAAAAAAAAAAAAAAAAGAGUUAGUAAUUAAAAAUAAAAAGAAAAUUGAAAAGUUAUGCCCUGGUUGGCUGAACUUCGCUUUGACUCUCGGCACUGCCAUUUUCUUCGUAACGUUGUUGUGUGUAUUCGUUUUUAUUAAAGCGGUGUUGAGAAGAGUCGUCGAGAAAAACUCGACGACGACGACGACGACGACAAAAGAAAAAGUGCCUUUAAAAUAAAUUAACACGCCGCUCUGAAGAUGUAUAAUUUAUUAUUGUAUUUUAUAUCGUUUGCCACUGACCGUUCUCCGAGGAAAAAGAAAACGAAAGAAAACGAAAGAAAACAAAAGAAAACAAAAGAAAAGAAGAAGAA